AUGCAGAACACUAAACUAUCCGAAUCAAUCGCUUAACUUGAUUGCAUUAAAAAGAAAAUUCACAAAAUUAAGACUCAUAAUGAAAAAUUGCAAAAUAACAUGAAAUUAUGUCCAUUCCCGCCUGGAAUGCAAAUAAUGGCUCAAAAUCUCUAUCCUAUCAAACUCAGUAUCCCUUUGGCUUCUUUGAACAUUAAAUAGACCAUGUUAGAAGAAUAGAUUUUGUGGGACUUUGAAGAAGAUUAUUCAGAAGAAUAAUUAUACAGAAAUCUCUUUGCCAUUAUUGUUGAUCUAUUAGAAGAAAAGUACCCAAAUAAAAUUACUAAGCUGACUGCAUUUGAAACACAUAAAAUUAUUGAGGAUUGUUAAAUUUAAGUAAAAUAAGCCAUUGAGGAUCAUCAGAAGUAUAAACACAUUCAAGAUAUCUUGGCAUUUGAGUCAUUCAUAGAUAAAAACGAUUCGAUGAUUAAUUUACAAAUUACUACAUCCAAAAUCAAAGAGACGAUUUAGUGGGAUUUAGAAAAUGCCUUUAAUUACAUUGAUGAAUUCGUUCAUGCUUAUUGCUAUGAAAAUAAAUUAGACAAAGACAAUUUUGUUUUAAUCGGAAAUUAAAUUAGGGAAUAAAUAUAAAAGGCGUAUGAGAAAAGAUUUCGUAUUGCAUAAAAAUUACUACUAGAAGAUUAAACAGAAUUCAAAUAGAAAUUGAUAUCUUUCUUGGAUUAUCCCUCUUUUGAACCUUAUCAACCAAUCAGAGAUCUUCCUUAGAACAAUGAAUUAAAUACCUUUUUCAAAAAGAAUAUUGAAUUUCUGCCACUUGAAUUAUAAAUGCUUUAUGGAUAAAAACUACAUCCUAAACAAAUACUUGAGUUAGGAGUAGAUUAAGAUGACACAAAAAAGUUUGAAAAAGAAUUUAAUUAAAAAUCUAAAUAUCUUGAACAAACAAUCUUAGCAGAUAUCAUAAACAAGACUAAAUAAAAUUGA